AUGCCUAAAAGAUCAAGAUCUCAACUUUCUAGAAAUAGUUCCCAGGCCAGGGCAUCAAAAAUACGUCGAAAUGAAGAAUCUUCAUCAGAAACUGAAAAUCGUCUUUCAAUUCAUAGACAAUAUGUGGCACAAUCGCGUGCUAGAGAGUCGAGUACCGAGCGUUCGCAACGGCUCGCUGAACAAAAUAUGAGAACCACUCAAAUACGCGCGCGAGAAUCCAGUUUGCAGCGUUCUCAACGGCUCGCUGAACAAAAUGUGAGGACUUCUCGAGUCCGCGCGCGAGAGUCCAGUCUUGAGCGUUCAGAGCGACUAGCUGAUCAAAAUUUGAGAACCUCUCAAGCACGCGCGCGAGAAUCGAGUCUUGAGCGUUUACAGCGUCUAGCUCAACAAAAUUUGAGAACCUCUCAGAUUGAUUAUGCUCAACAGUCUUCCGUCCAAAUCGGCGACAUGAAUAAGAUCUGCCCUAAGUGUUCAGCCAAAAAAUGGGUCGAUGAAACUAAUGGCAUGUGCUGUGCUUCUGGAAAAACAGCACACCCGGGUAGAUACAAUGCUCCAGCUGUAAACGAGGUAGCCGUUCUCUUGGUUGACGAAGAAAAAGGCCCCAGAGAUAUAGUGCUCCACGGAAGAGACGGCCAACUUAAAAGGGUCUCUGAGUUACACCGAUCGUAUGAUCCACUACAGUAUCCCUUAAUGUUCGUGAAAGGAGAAGACGGUUAUUAUUUAACCAUUCCGCAGGAAGGUACAGCGCGUAACAAAACUGUGACGUGCAUGCAAUUUUAUGCAUUUAGGUUGAUGGUUAGAGCUAACUGUUUUAAUGCAUUACAUUAUUACAGGGACUUAUUUAGUCAAUAUAUUGUCGAUAUGAUGGCAAAAAUGAUAUCGGAACGAUUGAAUUACAUAUGUCGUAACCAACAGAGACUAAGGGCUGAAGAAUACAUUCAUCUCAGAGAUGCUUUAAAUCAAGACGGAAAUGUUGACCCAUCAAAUAUCGGUCAACGCGUAAUCUUGCCAUCUUCAUUUACAGGUUCUCCGCGUUACCUGCAUGAAAAAACCCAAGACGCGAUGACUUAUGUCCGAAAUUACGGGAGACCAGACUUAUUUGUCACAUUUACGUGCAACCCCGAAUGGCCUGAAAUUAAAGCGGAACUACUACCUGAUCAGCGAUCUUUCGAUCGUCAUGACAUCAUUUCAAGGGUGUUUCAUUUGAAAAUGAAGAAAUUCUUAAAUUUAUUCGUUAAAAAUGAAAUAUUCGGCAAAGUGAAAUGUUACAUGGCAAGUGUAGAAUGGCAGAAGCGAGGUUUACCACACUGUCAUUUGCUGUUUUGGCUAGAAACAAAAAUCCAACCAGACGAAAUUGAUAGCGUCAUAGUUGCGGAACUGCCCAACCAACAAAACGAUCCGAUAUUGUACGAUAUCGUAACAAAAAAUAUGGUGCACGGACCAUGCGGAGAACAUAACUUAUCAGCACCAUGUAUGAAAAACGGUAUUUGCACAAAAAAAUACCCACGACGUUUAGUCAACGAAACUCAGACUGGAGAGGACGGAUAUCCAGUUUAUCGUCGUCGUGAUGCCGCAAAUGGAGGACUGAGCGCUUCGCUAAAUAUCAGAGGCAGAAAUUUCACUAUAGAUAAUAGUUGGAUUGUCCCAUAUUCUCCACUUUUGUGCAGGACGUUUAAUGCUCACAUAAAUGUAGAGUACUGUCACUCAGUUCAAGCCAUCAAAUACAUUUGUAAAUACAUAAAUAAAGGAUCGGACCAAGCUACAUUUGGCGUCAGAAACCCAAAUGAUGAAGUGGAAAACUACGUAAAUGGCCGUUACAUAAGUACUUCCGAAGCUGCUUGGCGAAUAUUCGAAUUCCCGAUCCAUGAGCGGCAUCCUACAGUUUUGCAGUUAGCUGUCCACUUAGAAAAUGGCCAAAGGGUGUAUUUUACCACAGAAACGGCUGUACAAGUGGCCCAAAAUCCACGUAAAACAACAUUGCUGGCUUUUUUUGAGCUCUGUAAUGAAGAUGAAUUCGCAAAAACACUUCUUUACCACGAAGUCCCGCAAUACUACACAUGGGCCAAUAAUAAGUUCACCAGAAGGAAGCGUGGUGAGAAUGUAGUUGGCUAUCCAGGCAUAAAAAAAGAUUCCGCUUUAGGUAGAGUCUACGGUGUCCAUCCUUCUCAAUCCGAGUGUUUCUAUCUUAGGAUGUUGCUGCACCACGUACGCGGUCCAACUUCAUUCCAGUACUUGAAAACCGUUGACGGAGUUCUGAAAGAAACGUAUCAAGCUGCUUGCCGUGCUAGAGGUUUGCUAGAAAACGAUGACCAUUGGGAAAAUACUCUCAGAGAAGCUUCGCUUUCUCAAUGUCCAUUACAAUUGAGAGAAUUGUUUGUGGUCAUACUUUUAUUUUGUCAGCCAUCGGAACCAUUAAAAUUAUGGAACAUUUUCAAAGACGAUUUAUGUGAAGAUAUUAGACACAGAAUCAGACAGCAAAAUCAAGACAUCACCUUACCAUACAAUGAGGACAUUUAUAACGAAGGUUUGAUACAAAUAGAAAAUAAACUGUUGCAAUUAAAUGACAAAAGCCUAAGUGAUUUCGGAUUACCAUCAUCAGUUCGUACAGAAAGCAAUGCAGCAGAGACUAUGACUCAUCGCUAUGACACAAAUAAUUUGACCGCUUUUGUCAAUGAAAACCUGCCAAAGUUAGUCCCAGAUCAAAGACAUGCUUUUGAAACUAUAGUCGAUAGCGUCAUUCAUGACAAAAGAAAAGUUUUCUUUUUGGAUGCACCUGGUGGAACGGGAAAGACGUUUCUUGCAAAUUUGAUACUUGCUAAGAUAAGACAAUCAGGGAAGAUAGCAAUAGCAGUUGCUUCCUCAGGAAUUGCUGCAACUCUCUUGAAGGAUGGCAAAACUGCUCAUUCUACUUUUAAACUUCCACUAUCCGUCAAUCUUGAACAACAAUCUACAUGUUCCAUCCGCAAAAAUGGACCUAUUGGUAAAUUACUACAAGACGCCUCAUUGAUUAUGUGGGACGAAUGCACGAUGAGCCAUAGAGCACAUAUAGAGGCCGUGAACAGAACCUUACAGGAUCUAAGGAACUCCUCUGCAGUCAUGGGCGGGAUUACUUUUGUAUUUGCUGGAGAUUUUCGACAGACUCUCCCCGUUAUUAACAGAGGCACGCGAGCAGAUAUCAUCAAGGCAUGCUUGAAAUCGUCUCCCUUAUGGACUACGAUUGAAACAUUAAAAUUAAGGACAAAUAUGAGAGCUCAUCUUCAUGGAAUCACUGAUAGCGAUUUCCCACAGCAACUGCUAAAACUUGGGGAAGGAAUUUUUCCAACUCCAAAUUUAAGCGGUCAUUGUGACAUUCUUCUGGAUGAGUCUCUAGGCCAAAUACUCCAUAAUUUGGAAAAUUUAAUAGAUUCUGUAUACCCUGAUAUCGAGAAUUUGCACGAAAGAGACUUCCAUUGGCUGUGUUCUCGGGCUAUAGUAUCACCUAAGAAUGAUACUGUCAAUGAAAUAAACAAUCUGAUUGUUCAAAAAGUCCCCGGCCAAACAAAAACAUACAAAUCGAUCGACACUGUAACGAAUAUUGAAGAUGCAGUCCAUUAUCCACAGGAAUUUUUAAAUUCGUUGAACCCUUCUGGACUGCCACCCCAUGAAUUGACGUUAAAAAUCGGAAUCCCAAUCAUGCUUUUAAGAAAUUUAAACCCUCCGAGCAUGUGUAAUGGGACGAGGCUGCUUAUUAAGGAGUUAGAGGACAAUUUAAUAGUAGCAACUAUUAUCACUGGCCCAGCAGGUGGUCAACUAGCUCAUAUACCGAGGAUACCGAUGAUCCCAACUGAUCUGCCAAUCCCAUUUAAACGGCUUCAAUUUCCGGUAAAAACAUCUUUCGCAUUAACAAUUAACAAGUCCCAAGGCCAAACCUUCGAAUUAGUAGGGAUCGAUCUGCGAAAGAAAUGUUUUACUCAUGGUCAACUGUACUCCACAAUAAUAAACGUUGAUGGAAGUACACUUAUGACUGUAGACGAACUACCAUCUAAGUCUGGCUUAUUCUACCAGCCCCUAGGAGACAUCCUUAUCUCAGAAAGCUUCUGGAAACUAGUUAUAUUUAGAAAUCUAGAACCACUUUUUCUCUCACAUUCCUUGAAUGUUAUCAAAGAACAAGUCAAAGUCCAGAAACAACUUCUGAAGGAACAACAGAACUCCUUCAACAAUAAUUUCUCCAGUCCUAAAUACUCUUUCGCCGCUAUAGCACUGGGCUUACCAAUGCUUAUUUUUCUUUUAUACAAAUGCUGUCCAUGGCAUCUCUGGUCUCGAAACCUAGGCCAACCGGACCUUCGGCCCAGGUCAGGGUGCAUACAAAUAUUCAACAACUGUAUCAACAACUCAAGACGAAGAUCGAACGUAGGAAUUCCAAUGCCUACCAUUCCGACGACAUCGUGCAUCAGCGUUAGGGAAUGGUUGGACACUAACUAUCCUAACAAAUGGAUUGGACGAGGUGGGCCUUUACCCUGGCCAGCCAGAUGUCCCGACCUGACCCCCAUGGAUUUUUGUGUAUGGGGGCAGAGUGGUGGCAUUAUGGUGAAGAGCCUUGUUUACAGUGAGCCCAACCCCAUAUUGUCAGUGGAAGUUCUCAAAGAAAGGAUAAUUAAUGCUGCUAACGACAUAAGAACAUUAAUCACUGGUGUAGUGAAAAGUGGUCCUGCGUGGGAGUAUUUUGAAAAAUUGUAUGCUGCUGACAAGCCAUAUGGGGAAUUAAGGGUCGCACAUCGACUUACCGACGAACAUAUUAUUAAGGAAAAAAUUAAUAAAAUGAAGGUAAAGCCUACAGCUCAAGUGUUCAGCCAAAGCGGAGCUGCGGCGACUGCUAGAGGUGAUUUGACACCGGAAUGUCGUGACCUAAUUCCCCUGGUUGUUGGAUAA